UUUCUCUGGUCGGCUCGGUAACCAAAUAGUAAGGGAGACGGGGGAUCUCCCAUCUCUCGGCGCUGAGCGGUCGAAGGCAUGGAGAAGGGGAAGGGGUUGGCGAGGCGAUGGGCGGUGGAAUUUGCCGAGAAUUCUUCUUACUCUUCAUCGACGUCUGACGUUCCAGAUCCUAUCGGUUUCAACCGAUCUGCCUCUGAUCCCGACGACGCAAAUGCCAGUCGACAGAAGAAGGACGCCGAAUCGGCCUGGAAGUCGCAGAAAGCUUGGGAAGUGGCUCAGGCCCCCUUUAAGAACUUGUUAAUGAUGGGUUUUAUGAUGUGGAUGGCUGGAAGCACAGUGCAUUUGUUCAGUAUUGGCAUCACAUUCUCAGCCCUUUGGCAACCAAUAAGUGCUCUUCAAGGAGUUGGAAAAGUCUUUGAACCUUACAAGGAUUCAAAGGUUGAUAUUCUUGCACCCAAAUUGCUCUUUAUUGCCCUUAACUUGGCUGCACUGGCCUUGGGUGUCUGGAAGCUGAACACAUUGGGUCUUCUCCCAUCGCAUGCAUCAGACUGGGUUUCUUCUUUACCUCCUGCACCGGAAGUGGAAUAUUCUGGUGGGGGCCUUCCAAUCCACUGAUGUUUUUUUGCCCAGUUCAUAGUUUAGGAAUCAAUUCCUGCGUGGGAUGCAAAUGCUGGCACCAAAUGUUUUCUGACAGUGAAACAAGCAUCAGCACAACCGAUUUGGGUUUUUGGAUGCACUAUAUUACAUGUUUACAUGUGACCCUAUAUGCAUAGCCCUAUGUUUUUGGAUGUGCCUCACAAGUUAUCUCUCCUUUGAAAACAUUAAAUUAAGAUUUCUAUUUUACUAUGAACUUUUAUUAUUAAUCAUCUUUUAUUAUGUAGAGUUGUCCUCCUCCAUUUACACCAGCUGUGAUUUAUACACAAUUGACAGAUGCAUGAAGUAGACAUGGAGUCCAUUGGGAUGUGGUUGUCCAUGCAUGAGGUUGGUCCUGAUAUCAUUUGCAUUCAUUACUAUCAAGAAAGAGAACGUCUGCUGUUGUUUUCAUGAUUACAUAAGCUUGGUUUGGUCUUAUGUUGCUUCGAAGGCAAGCACUUCAACUUGGGUUAGAACAUGAUGAGGGCAUGUUGGUAUUAGUCAAACGUGGUUUGACCCCGGCUUUACAAGUUGUCUCUUUACCAUCACAGUGUUAUUUAUUAUUUGAUUCGAAUGACAUUUCUCAGCUGAA